UUUUUAUUUUCCGUUUCAUUUGUUUUUGUGUUUGCGUCUCAAAAACCAUCUGAGGAGGAUGUCGGUGGCCGGGCUGAAAAAGCAAUUUCACAAAGCGAGUCAGCUGUUGAGCGAGAAGAUAAGUGGGGCUGAAGGCACCAAGCUGGAUGAAGACUUCAUGGAAAUGGAAAGGAAAAUAGAAGUGACCAACAAAUCUGUCAUUGAGCUCUUGUCCAAAACCACUGAAUACCUCCAGCCAAACCCAGCAUACAGAGCCAAACUGGGUAUGUUGAAUACGGUGUCCAAAAUCCGAGGGCAGGUGAAGACCACCGGCUACCCCCAGACAGAGGGGCUGCUGGGAGACUGCAUGCUCCGUUAUGGCAGGGAGCUCGGGGAGGAGUCCUCCUUUGGCUGUGCACUUGUUGACAUCGGGGAAGCCUUGAAACAAAUGGCUGAUGUUAAGGAUUCCCUGGAUAUAAACGUGAAACAGAAUUUUAUUGAUCCACUGCAAAACUUACAGGACAAAGACUUGAAAGAGAUUGGGCAUCACUUAAAAAAGCUCGAAGGUCGGCGAUUAGACUUUGACUACAAGAAGAAGCGCCAGGGGAAGAUCCCUGAUGAGGAAAUCAAACAGGCUGUAGAGAAGUUUGAAGAAUCCAAAGAGCUGGCAGAGAGAAGCAUGUUCAACUUUUUUGAGAAUGAUGUGGAACAAAUGAGUCAGCUAGCUGCUCUGAUUGAAGCAGCUCUUGAAUAUCACCGUCAGUCCUUAGAAAUUCUGGAAGAUUUAAAUGGCAAAUUACAAAACAGGAUAGCCACUGCAAGCAACCGCCCCAAGCGGGAGUUCAAGCCAAAGUCCAUAAUCACCAUGGUAGAAACCAUUGAUAACCCACAGCACAACGGGUUGUCUUACAGUUCGUCAGUCAAAUCUACAGAUGUCCAGACCACCCACACUAUAAAUGGAAAAACGGAUGAGUUUACAUCUGUGCCCAUCUCAUGGCCCGAGAGCCCAAAACGCUGCCAGCCCGAGGUUCAAAUGGAUCAGCCAUGUUGCAGGUCACUCUAUGAUUUUGAACCGGAGAAUGAGGGAGAGCUAGGCUUUAAGGAAGGCGACAUCAUCAUCCUCACCAAUCAGAUCGACGAGAACUGGUAUGAGGGCAUGAUCAACGGGGAGUCGGGCUUCUUCCCCAUUAACUACGUGGAAGUCAUUGUGCCUUUGCCACAGUGAAAAAUGGCUGCGCCUCUGGGCAUGAACUCAUAAAUUUACACCAAUUCACCAAGACAGUUUGUUAAUGUCUCAUUCAGUGAGAGCCUUGCUUUUCCACAGACUUUUAAAUGUCCUAUUUUUCAAUAUUUAUUUUGUACAUUUUACAUGGAGCAACUUAUAACUGUGGUAUAUUGUACAAUACCUUAUGUAGGCCUUGAAUUUCUCUUGUUUGCUUGUUAUAUUGCAUAUAAUGGGGUUGGUAUAUUCUACUGCUGUCUUUGUACAAUUUCUUCUAUGAUGUAGAAUUAUUAAUUUACCUGCCUGCCGUGGUCUUAAGUGUUUUUGAAACACAAUUUUAAACUGUGAGUAUAUUAACUGCAACUUAAUGAAUGUCCUCACUGAGUUCUGUUUACAUGGUAUGACUUACUGUGUUGCAAGAAAUCAAAGUAAGUAUUACAAGCUCUGUGUUAAAUAGGGUAAAAUGACCCUGUUGCACUCUAUAAAGUGCUUUUAAAAAUGUUAUUUUCAUUGCACUAAAGCUUUAGAAUUUACUCCCAUGGAUGCAUGUUUUCCUCCUUGUUUUUCCUGAUCAUUGCACUUUCAGUUCUCUCCAUGAUAAUAAGAAACACAUAUUUAUAUCUCAUUUAUGUCUCAUUUAUAGUCAUCUGUAGGGUAAAUAUAGAAGUUGGUAUGGAUUCUUACUUGUACUUCUUAUUGUACAGUAUGUGAUAGGUUUUUGCUAGCCUUUAGUGUUAGUCCAGUGUCUGUCAGAUAAAAACCCAGAUAGCUGAUGUUAAUGGGGUAUAAUUUGUAAUCAUGUCUUCAGUCAGGAAGAAGAAUGUUUAUUCACACAGUACUGCAAUCAUCUGAACUUUUACCAGUCUUUACAGCCAGACUGAUGAACUAAGAGUAGUGCAAAUUUGGGUGCGUUUUUCUGAAAUUCCUAGAGAACAUUACUGAGGGAAAUUAAUACAAGUUAUGUAAUAGCCAUACUAUAAAUUAAUAUUUAUGCCAUUUGUAUGUGAAAUUCCGUAACGGUGAUUUUCCCCAUGUACAUCCGUUUCCAUCGAAAAACAUUUCUGCAGUGUGCUGAUAUUUUCGUUACUCAUGAGAUUAGAUUAGAUACUGCAGUUGUAUUUUGUCACACGUUCACAUUCAUGUUCUUAUUACUGGACCAAGUAAACAAGACAAACCAAAUAAAGUUUAAAUCACAGGGAAAUUCGUGCAGAUGUUUUAAUACUGCCGGCUGGUAUGGUGUCUAGAUUUAUUUAGCCAUGUUUGAGCGAGAACACAGUGCUGAAUUUAAAUGAAGCCAGAACCAGGUGAUGUUUUUGACACUGGAGAGAUGGCGUGUGUCCUCAGGAGAGCACAGGUCUGUUUUUACAGUGUGCUGAUCUGAAUUUUUCUGAGCUUGAAUUCAGUUGCAAAUGACUAACGAUGAAAGAUAUAAAGCUGCGUUAAAUUGCAUUUUUCCGUAACUUGUUGGUGUUGAAAGACUGAGAGUGAGACACCAUAACUGAGACAAGAUGAGUAUGCCGGAGUCAUUGUUUCAGUAGGUCCUCUAGGCUUCCUCCAGGUCUAUCAAAAUCUCUGUUAAUCAGUUGAUUUUCUUGCAAACUUUAAUGAUUGAGAAGUUUCAGUAUAUGAAAGUACAUUCCUGUUUCAAUAAUUCAGAUGUUUUGUAGGUGUUGUAAAUCAAUGCAUUGAUACUUAUGUUGCAUAAAUAAAGAAC